AUGAGAACACCAAUUAAACCAACACCAAUUAAACUAACACCAAUUGAAUCAACACCAAUUGAACCAAUACCAAUUGAACCAACACCAAUUGAAUCAAGACCAACUGAAUCAACACCAUUUGAACCAACACCAUUUGAACAACGACCAACUCGUAAACGUAAAUCAGAUGAAAAACUUGAUUCUGAGAGUUUAUCUCAGGAGAUUGAUUCAUCAAAACAAAAAACAAUCCGAAAUCUCCGUCCAAAACGACGUCGACAAUAA